CUGCAUAAGAGCAUAAUGGCAUCCUGGUUUACCCGCAGCCGCCAGCCACAAGCUCAGCUCGGCCCGCCAUGGGCUGUGCCCGAAGCACAAUUGUUCGACGACGACGAGGAUCCGGCGGCGAGAUUAUUGAGACGACGCGUCCGCUGGGAGGUCAUUGAUGAGUCGCGAAACGCCAAAAUUACGGGCACUGAGGCGUUCCUCUCACUAGCCGUGCUGCGGCUCUCGAGCGACAGCGGCAUUGGUGCGCGCAUACCGCUCACCGCGAUCCAUCGCGAGGAGUACAUGCAGCCCAUCUUCGGCGCGAAUUACCUCACCGGGCUGGCGAUGCAGGACGGCGCCACGGUGCGGUGGACGCUCGAAUUUUUGAGUGCCGGCGCGGCGCAGUUUGCGAGCGUGUUCUUCCGCGCCGUCCGCGCAGCGCGUUCCGGCGGCACCACGAACACCGCGGCGAUCCAGGCCUCCGCCCGCGUGGCGAGCGCGGCCGAGGCCGAGACCUGCGUCUGGGCCGAGGCCGUCCCCGUCGACGGCGCGCCGAGCGCGGACCUGCCGACGGCCACUGCCUUGUGACGUGUGCCAAUGGCCCGGCGGCGCGUCGCGUCGACGGCGUCAGCACGACGCCGUCGACGCGGCAUCCCGACCACGGUUCGAUGUCAGAUGUAAUGUGUCCUGUACCCGCUAGGAGGGGGGCGCGACCUACC